AUGGCCCUUUCCGCACCCAGCACGGACCCGCAAGUCCUAAUCGCGCAAGAAACAAGCACCGACCAAGUCUUCCGCACGUUCACAGCAGAAACCGCAUGGCAACUAGGAAAUGCACUAAGGGACCGAAUCCUCCGCCUCCCGAACGGACAGCGCAAACCGGCCUUGAUCUCCAUUGCACUCAGCGGCGGAGUCCCACUCCACGUGGUAUUCCAGUCGGCGACGGAGAGCGGCACGAUCCCGGACAACGAAAACUGGGUGCGACGGAAGCGAAACACCGUGCUCCGCUGGGGUAUCUCGAGCUGGGCUAUGAGACAGAAGACCAUUAGUGGACUCGCGGCUGGGGCCUCGGCGGACCAGAUUGAGGCUGCUUUUGUUAAGAAGUAUGCUGUUCCGAGUGCCAAUGGGGGUGCUGUUGCGGAUGAGUAUGCUAUCCAUGGCGGUGGGUACCCGAUUCGCGUGCAGGGUGUUGAUGGGGUUAUUGGUGUUGUUGUUGUUAGUGGGCUGAAGCAGGAGGAUGAUCAUCAGGUUGUUGCGGAGACUAUUCAGGCGUUUGUGGCUCAGCAAGUAUGA